GGCUGCGGCAGCAGCCGCAGCAGCAGCAGCAGCGCGUUCCUUCACCUCAAGGUGGUACAAUGUUUGAAAACUUGACCACCGCACAGGAGUUACCUGCCAUGGCCUUUCUCGCACUUGUACAGGCACGUGCAGAGUUUGUGAGUGGCCGGCCGCAUCGUGCGAUUGCGAUUCUUCAGAACACGGAGCAGACUCCGUUGGCUGCCACUGCGGUGGGGCAUGGAUUGCCCUUCCCGAUGCCGGCGAAUGCGUCGCAGAUGCCGGCGGUGGUGCAUCAGCUUGUCGUAUGGGUCAGAGAGGCUCGGCUUGUGCCGCUUUCGCAACUUGUACGCGAUCCUUUUCUUUUGUCGUCUGUCAAGAACGAUCGCAGCGGUGUGUGUUGCCUGCAGCUGGCCCGUCUGUGUCACGCUUUGGUGCGCGACAUCACGGUACGCCUGCAGAGCGAGGAGUACCGCAAACUUCAGGAAAGUAUUGAGGCCUCCCGCCGCAUCCGCUUGGAACUGGAGCAGCAGCGGAAGAUGUCCGACAAACUCAGUGAGGAGGAGCGUAAGCUGCUGCAGCGGCGUAUUUACACACUGGCGGUGGAGACGACACGCGAGGAGGGUGAGUGGCAGCGGGAGGUGGAGAUGUACGCCUUAUACCGUCGCAGCGCCCUCAACGCCUACGCGCGCUUCCUGGAGCGUAGCGGUCCUGCGGACGCGGAUGGUCUGCUUGCCGUCUUUGCCUUUGUCUCGCUGUGGCUGCAGCAGGAUGAGCGGCUCGAUGAGCAGCGUCAGAAGGAGACGGCCGAGGCAGCUUCCGUCACCGCCGGCAUCAUUCAGAGGGCAAUUAAAAACGUCCCACACCACAAGUUUCUUCCGCUCUUUUCGCAGCUCGCGGCGCAGCUCGGCACCUCGCAGGACGACGCCAACCUGGAGAGCCUGGUGCUGCACAUCGCCAUGGAAUGCCCCCUGCACACCGUGUGGCCGCUGCUCGCUCUCGCCAACGGCGAUAACUUCGGCCCUGUCAUGACAACCACGGCCCCCGGUGGUGGGCUGCACGUGGUGGAUGCAAAGAAGGUGACGCUCGCGCGUCAAAUUCUGCACACGCUGAAAGCUUCAAACGGUCACGUUGACGACGGCAAGGAGAAGGGCGCCAACGCGACGCGUUGCUGUUGGAGGCAACAAAUUGUGCAGGAGGCGGAGCGGAUGUCGCAGGCGUACAUUCAGCUGGCGUUCUACCGUGUGCAUAACAAAUCCCGACCGGUGCACCGGAUCCCCGUGAGUUUUAUGAUUCUGGAACCGGAUUUACAGGACCUGCGGAUUCCACCGCCCACGUUGACGUUGCAGUUGCCUGCCGUGGUUUCCCCGAGUACGACCUUGGCGCUGCUGCGGUACGUCCCCACCAUUGUGCGGUACGGUGCCACCUUCACAACCCCGGGCGGGAUCAAUCUCCCAAAGGCUCUCUAUUGUGUGUUAAGUGAUGGUCGCAUAAUACGUCAGUUGCUGAAAUUCGAGGACGACUUGCGGCAAGACAGCCUCAUCGAACAAGUGUUUUCUCUCUCAAACCAGCUUCUUGCAACAGAUCGCCGAACGUGUGGGUUGCAUGUCUUUACCUACAAUGUGGUUCCGCUUGCCCCCACAGUGGGCAUCAUUGAGUGGGUGGAUGACACCAUUCCGCUUGGUCAUUACCUUAACGGUGACCCGAGGGCCAACGAAGCAGCAGCAGCAGCAGCUGGUGGUGGUGCAGAAAAUCGGCUACGAUUUAACACAGGAGCCCAUGAGCGUUACUUUCCCGGUGAACCAACAACGCUGGAGUGCCGUGCGAGGCUGCAGGAGGUCGGCAAAGCACAGAAACAUAGUGUUCUGCUUGAUCUGUACGCCGAGUUUAGCCCAGCCUUGCAUUACUUCUUUCUUGAGCAUUUUUUUAAUCCGCAGGAAUGGCUCGGGCGGCGUGAAGCUUACACGCGUAGUGUUUCAGUCUCCAGCAUGAUUGGGUACAUUGUUGGACUUGGGGAUCGUCACGGUAACAACCUCCUCCUGCACACACGGCAGGCGGAGCUUGUGCACAUUGAUCUCGGUUUUGCCUUCGACCAGGGAAAGCUGUUGCCGGUGCCGGAGCUUGUGCCGUUUCGUCUCACCCGCAACGUGGUGGACGGCUUUGGCGUGCAGGGGACGGAGGGACCGUUCCGUCGUCAUUGCGAGGGGACACUACAUGUCUUGCGUGGACAGAAGGAGUUGCUGAUGACGAUUCUCGAAGCCUGCGCUCAUGACCCACUUGCGCGCUGGUCAGUGACGGUGGCGCCGCCGCCGCAGAGACAGCACGGCGGGCGCCAAAACCAAAACCCUCACGCAGAUAGGAUGACUGUGUUGGAGGAGAAGGAGGAGGAGGUGGAUGCGGCGCGAAGGGCGACACCGUGGCAGCGGGGCCUGGGCGUAAGCCGUCGAAAGCCGACCUACGCCGACGCGGAGCGAACGCUCUCCCACGUGUCCGAAAAGAUUGCGGGGUACGAGUCAGGCGAGCUACUCAGUGUUCCAACGCAUGUGCACAAACUGCUGCAGAUGGCCCAAAACACGGAGCUACUUGCCCAAAUGUUUGUGGGAUGGUCGCCGUGGCUAUAG